CGGAACCGGGAUUGCAGCGCUGCAACUCUUGAUUCCUCUUCGCUUUCUGUUUGUUUGAUCUUGAUAGCUAGAGUAGUUUCUUUAUUAUAGUAUUCGGAGCUGAAUUCUGACAUGACUCCUCGACUUUUGGUGGAGUACUCGAUCUUGAGGUUGUGCUUUGAUUUGUGAACAUCUCGGGGAUCAAUAUGCAAGCUCUGACCAUUUGGCCUUCAGCAAGUGGGUCUUGGCACUCCUGUGUGAUACCUCAGGUGGAUUUAGAAUUAUGUUCUUGUCUUAGUUUAGUUAAAUGCGGAGAGAGAAGGAAAAGAUUGGAUUUUUGCCGUAAUCCCUGCAAUAGUUUAUUCCAUUUAUCAAGCUAUUUCAGGGGUUUUAGAGGUGGUACUAGUCUUGUACGGCGAAACUUUGAGUUGAAAUGUAAGUUUUUAUCUUUCUGCCCCCAAGGCACGGGUUAUCUCUUGUCCAAACCCAAAAAAGAUUCACUUGGUGCGGCCUUUGCCUUGGCAUGGGCCCUGGAGGAACCCACAGUUGGAGACGAUAUUGCCAAAGAAGAGUUAGACCACUUAAAUGACUCUUUGGAGCAUAGAGAUGAUGCGGAAAUUGCUCGUGUUCAACUGGAUGAAGUAAAGGAGAGUGAUUCACGCGCAAAUAAUUAUGGAGACUCCGUGGAUAAUAAUCAUGAGGAUGAUGAUGUGCAAAAGGGUGGAAGUGAUAAUGGAGAAGAAGUUCAAAGUGGGAAUAGUCAGAGGAUUGAUGUUCGUGCCCUGGCAUGGAGACUGCACUCAGCCAAAACUGCAGAUGACGUGGAAGAAGUUCUCAAGGAGAAACAGAAACUUCCACUUCAGGUGUAUUCUACGAUAAUUAGAGGCUUUGGCAAAGACAAGAGGCUAGACUCAGCAAUGGCUCUCUUUGAGUGGCUUAUUAGAAAGAGAAAAGAGACUGAUAGUCCUCUCAGACCCAACAUUUUUAUAUAUAACAGCCUUUUGGGAGCAAUGAAGCAAGCUGAAAAUUUUGAUGAUGUUGAGAAAGUAAUAAAUGAUAUGGCUGUAGAAGGGGUGCUUCCUAAUAUUGUGACAUACAACACUUUAAUGGGCAUUUACAUAGAACAGGGAAAAGAAGUCAAGGCUCUCCAACUUUUUGAGGAGAUGCCAACCAAAGGUGUAUCUCCAUCUCCUGCUUCUUAUUCUACUGUCUUAUUCGCUUAUCGUAGAAUGGAAGAUGGAUUUGGAGCUCUGACGUUCUUUCUUGAGAUAAAAAACAAAUACCAAAAAGGUGAAAUCGGGAAAGAUGAUGAAGAAGACUGGGAACAUGAGUUUGCCAAGCUAGAAAACUUCACUAUUCGUAUCUGCUACCAAGUGAUGAGACGCUGGCUUGUGGCGAGUGAGACCCUAAGCACUGAGGUAUUGAGGCUGCUGAAAGAGAUGGAUAAGGCUGGCUUGCAGCCGGGUCGUGCAGAACAUGAGCGUCUCAUAUGGGCAUGCACACGCGAAGAACAUUAUGUUGUAGCUAAGGAAUUGUAUACUAGGAUAAGAGAAAUGGACGGUGAAAUAAGUUUAUCAGUUUGCAAUCAUGUCAUUUGGCUAAUGGGAAAAGCAAAGAAGUGGUGGGCUGCUUUAGAAAUUUACGAGGAGUUGUUGGAUAAGGGACCAGAACCAAAUAACAUGUCAAAUGAAUUGAUUGUCUCUCAUUUUAAUAUACUGCUGACUGCAGCUAGGAAAAAGGGAAUUUGGAGAUGGGGUGUGAGGUUGCUCAACAAGAUGGAAGAGAAAGGCCUUAAACCAGGCAGCAGAGAAUGGAAUUCUGUUCUUGUUGCUUGUUCCAAGGCUUCAGAAACCUCAGCUGCUAUUGAGAUAUUCAAGAGAAUGGUCGAACAAGGUGAGAAACCCACAAUAAUCUCGUAUGGGGCAUUGCUUAGUGCUCUUGAGAAAGGGAAACUCUAUGAUGAAGCCCUUCAUGUCUGGAAACAUAUGAUGAAAGUGGGUGUCCAGCCAAAUCUGUAUGCCUACACAAUCAUGGCUUCAAUAUAUGCUGUCCAAGGAAAAUUUGACAAUGUGGAUUCCGUAAUUCAGGAAAUGGGAACUGUUGGUAUCGAGCCAACGGUGGUCACUUUCAAUGCAAUAAUCAGCAGUUGUGCUCGAAAUAAUUUGGGAAGUGUGGCGUAUGAAUGGUUCCAGCGUAUGAAACUUCAAAAUAUAACCCCCAAUGAGGUUACUUAUGAAAUGUUGAUUGAGGCUCUGACAAAAGACGGUAAACCAAGGCUUGCUUAUGAGUUGCAUUUAAGGGCUCACAAUGAGGGCCUUGUGCUUUCAACUAAGGCCUAUGAUGCCGUGAUCCAAUCUUCACAAACGUAUGGUGCAACCAUAGACAUUAGCUCUCUAGGCCCUCGGCCACCAGAAAGAAAGAAAAACGUGCAGAUCAGGAAAAAUUUGUCAGAGUUCUGUAAUUUAGCUGGUGUUCCCAGGAGAAGUAAACCAUUUGAUAGAAGUGAAAUAUACACGCCACAGAAGGAAGAGUUACAUAGGUGAAUCCCAUACUUUUUCAGGAUGUUUUAUGCCAAUAUGAGAUGUAGUUUUACUAUUUGCAAUUACCAUGCUUCACCUGCAAAAUCACUUUGCUUUAGAGUAAGGCAAGCCUGUCUCUUGUGUUCAAAGUUUUUGUCCAGUAGCAUUUCUUUAUUAUAUAAUUUGUGGGACAACAUAGAAUCAGAUGUCGACUGAUCGUCCGAGUUUCCAUGUAAAUAGUUCCCUUGUACAUUUUUCACUUUGUGUCUGGAUGUCUUAGACAAAUCGACUGGAACAUCUUAUCAAGAUUCCUGUCUUUGUUGUUUAAAAAAACACACACACACGUUUUAUUAA